AUGGGCCUCACAAUCAAGGGCACGCUUGCUGAAGUUUCGCGACACCGCAAUGCUUACAUUCUCGCCUUAUCUGCCUCCAUGGGAUCCUUUUUUUACGGCUGGGACACUGGGCUGAUGGGUGGUAUUUUGACUCUCGCGUCCUUCCAAGAUUACUUUGGGAUCAACAAGAUGUCUACCUCUGCCCAAGCUGACUUCAACGGGAACAUUGUGUCCAUUAUGCAAGGGGGGAGCUUCUUUGGCGUACUCGGAACUAGUUGGACAUCCAGUCGGUUUGGGAGGAAAUGGUCUCUCAUUGCAUCUGGUAUCAUUUACAUCAUCGGCAGUCUCCUCCAGGCUAUUGUGGGUCUUGGAAGCAAUCAAGUCGUCGCCCUACGGGUACUCUACUUCAGUCGGUUCUUCGCUGGCCUCGGAGUGGGCAUGGUAUCCGCUCUGGCACCGUCGUAUGUGUCAGAGGAUGAUGUUGAGUUUUCUUCUAUCAACCUUCCAAGCGGCAACAUGCAGUGGAGGAUGCCUUUCCUCGUGCAGCUAGUUCCAGGCAUCCUCUUCGUCCUCAUGAUGCUUCCGCAGCCCGAGUCGCCUCGGUGGUUAGUGAGGAGGGGGCGCUGCGCCGAAGCAGCGGAAACGCUGGCGUACGUCGUCAGGACGUCUGUCGACGACAAAGCCGUCCUCCUCACGCUGGACGAGAUCAAGGCAGACUUUAUGGGUAAACAGCGUGUACCCAUGCUCAUGCAGUUCCGCAUGAUGGGCGAGUCGCGUAAGAUCGCACUUCGGUGCCUCAUCCCCUCCAUCGCGAUGUUCUUCCAGCAAUGGACAGGCACGAACGCGAUCAACUACUUCAGCCCGCAGAUCUUUGCGGGGCUUGGAAUAUCCGGCACUACGUCCGGCUUGUUUUCCACGGGGAUCUACGGCUUGGUCAAAGUUAUUGCUGUAGGACUGACCCUCGCGCUCGCCGUCGAGAGCUGGGGUCGCAAAAUCUGUCUCUUUGUUGGCGGCUUGGGACAAGGAUUUGCAAUGUUGUGGAUCGGCGGCUUCAGCGCCGUCCACCCGCAGACUACGAUCGUUCCAGCAGGCUACGUCUCCAUCGUGGCCGUCUAUCUCUACGCCGUGUUCUACUGUAUUGGUUGGGGCCCUCUCCCGUGGGUCGUCGCCAGCGAGGUCUCGCCGAACCACCUCCGCCCAGCUGUCAUGACCUGCGCUGUCUGCGUCAACUGGUUGUUCGCGUUCACGAUAUCGCGCCUGACGCCAGCCAUGCUUGACCAUAUUACAUACGGGACUUUCCUCCUCUUCGGCCUCUGCUGCAUCGUCAUGUCCGCAUGGGUGUACUUCUUCCUGCCAGAGACAAAGGGAUAUGCGUUGGAGGACAUCAAGUAUCUGUUUGAGAAGGACAUCAUCGUGAGAUCGCUGGAGGACUCGCCUGGAGGCCGGGUGUUCCUUGGGGGAAAGCGCGCGGCAUCGGUCUAG